AUGGAGCAGCGCUUCACUUGGGCUUCGGCUCUCAUCCCAGUUCCCGGUUGGCCCUGCAGCCAGCGGAUCGUCCUCCAAAGGGUCCCAGUUCCAGCCUCCGGCAGCAGCUCUGCACCUGCCAGUCCCCCUGGCAGUACACUAAGGCCACUCACACCAUUGGUUUCCCAGUACACUGAUGAGGCCUCGAAGGAGAAACGCUGCAAGACACUUGUGGCUCUCAGUGAGGUUGUGAAAGCCCAUCCUCCUGAGAGGACACCCACUGAGGCUCCUGAAGCAGGCCCAUCAAAAGCAACCUGUAUUUUGUUUAAACUGUCUCCAGCUCUUACAGGGUUCUCCCCAAAGGAAACUGAGGAAACCAGCCCAGACGUGCAGGUGCCGCCCCCCAGACCAGCUGUGACCCUGAGUGCUGCUCCAAAGAGGUGCCCAUGGUGAGCAGCUCUGGUCCCCGGUGCUGCCCCCAGGACAGGUCCCUCUCAAAAGCAGCUCUGGCCUCCACUGCUGCUCCAGGACCAGGUUCUCCCCAGGCAGCUCUGGCCGUCACUGCUGCUCGAGAGAGAAAAGGAAGACCAAGUAAAGGAGAGAAGAGGAAGUGGGAGGGGCAAAGGUUUUAA